AUGAAGAGCCUGGUUCCCCUGCUCUGUCUUCGGAGUAUCCUUUGCUGCUUUGCCGCGGGAAGCCCCACAGGGGUUGGGCCAGAGGGACGGCUGCAAGAUGAGCUCCACAAAUCCAAGGAUGUACAGGCUGCCGCCAAGCCCUCCGUGAGGUUUAACCUCCGCACCUCAAAGGACCCAGAGCAUGAAGGAUGCUACCUCUCCCUUGGGCAUGACCAGCUCUUAGAGGACUGUGGUUUCAACAGGACAGCAAAAACCUUUUUCAUCAUCCAUGGAUGGACGAUGAGUGGCAUGUUAGAAAACUGGCUGCAAAAACUGGUGUCAGCCCUUCAGAUGAGGGAGAAUGACGCCAAUGUGGUGGUGGUUGACUGGCUUCCCCUGGCUCACCAGCUUUACACGGAUGCGGUCAAUAACACCAGGGUGGUGGGCCAUAGAAUUGCAACGUUGCUCAACUGGUUGCAGGGAAAGGAUGACUUCUCUCUUGGAAAUGUUCACUUGAUUGGCUACAGCCUGGGAGCACACGUUGCGGGGUAUGCUGGCAACUUCGUGAAAGGAACAGUGGGCAGAAUCACAGGUUUGGAUCCUGCUGGGCCCAUGUUUGAAGGGGUGGACAUCCACAAAAGGCUCUCUCCUGAUGACGCAGACUUUGUGGAUGUCCUCCACACCUACACACGCUCCUUCGGCUUGAGCAUCGGGAUUCAGAUGCCUGUGGGCCAUAUCGACAUCUACCCCAACGGGGGUGACUUCCAGCCUGGCUGUGGACUCAACGACAUCUUGGGGUCAAUUGCAUAUGGAACCAUCACAGAGGUGGUGAAGUGUGAACAUGAGCGGGCUGUGCACCUCUUUGUUGAUUCCCUGGUGAACCAGGACAAACCAAGCUUCGCGUUCCAGUGCACGGACUCAAACCGGUUCAAAAAGGGCAUCUGUCUCAGCUGCCGGAAGAACCGCUGUAACAGCAUUGGCUACAAUGCCAAGAAGAUGAGGAACAAGAGGAACAGUAAAAUGUACCUAAAAACCCGGGCAGGCAUGCCUUUCCGAGUCUACCAUUAUCAGAUGAAAAUCCACAUCUUCAGCUACAAGAGCAUGGGAGAAAUUGAACCUACCUUGUAUGUCUCCUUGUAUGGCACCAAUGCAGAUUCCCAGACUCUGCCUUUGGAUAUAGUGGAGCAGAUUGACCUGAAUGCUACCAACACCUUCUUGGUCUACACUGAGGAGGACUUGGGUGACCUUUUGAAGAUCAAACUCACUUGGGAGGAGACAUCUCAGUCCUGGUACAAUCUAUGGAAGGAGCUUCGCAGCUACCUGUCUCAAUCCUACAACCCCUCUCGGGAGCUGAAUAUCCGACGCAUCCGGGUCAAGUCUGGGGAAACACAGCAGAAAUUGACUUUUUGUGCAGAAGACCCUGAGAACACCAGCAUCUCCCCUGGCCAGGAGCUCUGGUUUCACAAGUGUCGCGAUGGCUGGAGGAUGAAAAACGAAACCAGUCCAACGGUGGAGCUUCCCUGA